CAGAGUAUAUACUCAUCGCAUACUUCAUAAGAUGGAUAGGUUCUUAAACAUCUUGAUUCUACUGGCGACGAUCAGCCAAAUUUCAACAGAAAAUGAGGUAGUUUCUUCAACAUCUACCCAAAUACCACCAGAACUACAGCAACCAUUGUACAAAACGCCAGAACAACCCCCGAUCCCAUAUAUACCUCAUCAGACGUAUCCUUAUUAUGACGGGUAUAGAGGUUAUGAGGGGUAUUACGAAAAAUCUCUUGCAAAACAUCCUAUUUACCUCGAACAGCCUUCUGGUUAUAUGUCUUCAGUAAUACCUGCAACACAGAGCGCUCUCCAAUUCAUCCUCAAAGCGCUGGCUAAGUUUGGACUAUUUCUUAUUGGAGGAGCCGCUCUUUUGUUGGUCGGAGGAAUUUUCACCACAGCAUUAUGUUAUUUGACCCCGAUCUGCGUGAUAUCGUUUUCUGGAUUUUCUGGCUUAGACAAGGAAUCUGUACGGUCGCUAAUGACUCCUGACAAAAUUUCUGCAGCUGCUGCCAUGGUUCAAGAUGCAAUUGGAAAAUAUCAGAGAUUACAACGAGCAGUAGGAUCUCCCUAAAUGAUGUGAGCUGAAGAAGAAUGUGAUAAUGUUUCUAUAUUG